AUGCCCCGUGGAGAACCAUACCUCGGGACGACUCGCAAGCUGGUGUUGGCCAUAGACGUUGGGACGACAUACAGCGGUGUUUCAUUCUGUAUCCUAGACCCUGGAGAGGUGCCAAAAGUUCUGAGUGUUACCAGAUUUCCCGGUCAGGAAGGCGAGAACAGGUCCAGAGACACGAAGAUACCUUCCGUGCUUUAUUACGACGAGAACGGCGAAGUGAAAGCCAUUGGAGCUGAAGCCACAUCGGACGCUACCGACAGUGAGGCUGAAGGGGAACAAUGGACCCGCGUGGAAUGGUUCAAACUACGUCUUCGCCCGAGCGGCAAGCAGGCGAGGGGCGAGCGAUUGCCGAAGAUUUGGAUCGACAAGUCUGUCGUCGAGAUCUUCGCCGAUUACUUGCGAUACCUCUACAGAUGCGCGACGGACUUCAUCUCCGAGUCACACCCCCUCGGAAGGGAGGUUCUGGAGUCUGGGACUAGCAUCGAGUUUGUUCUGAGUCACCCAAACGGAUGGGAAGGCAGCCAGCAGACCAAGAUGAGACGCGCAGCAAUCAUGGCCGGCUUGAUACCAGACACCGAAGCCGGACGCGCUAGGGUCCAUUUUGUUACUGAGGGAGAAGCCAGCCUUCACUUCUGCAUCGUCAAUGGACUAGCAGGAGAUGUCAUCAAGGGAGGUAACCAUAUAAUGAUUGUUGAUGCGGGCGGAGGUACCAUUGAUGUCAGCACCUACAAAAUCAUGGCAACAUCCCCCAUGAGUGUGGUUGAAAGUUCCGCUACAGACUGUGUCCUACAAGGGUCUACCUUUGUGAAUGUACGAGCGCGCGCACUGUUUGAAGCAAAGCUGGAAGGAUCCCGUUUUGCCAGCGAGGAACAUUUUAAAUCGAUGGUAGAUUGCUUUGAGACCAAAGCGAAACCAACCUUCAGAGAUCCUUCGAAGUCGGCAUACAUCAAGUUCGGGGCUUCUUGUGACUUUGAAGAUAAAUAUCACAUCAAGCGAGGCGCCAUAUCGCUAAAGGGUGAUGAGAUAGCUGAGCUAUUCAGGCCGUCUAUCGAGGCCAUACAACAAGCUAUCGAAGACCAACGUGAUCGCACCAAAGAUGGUAUAACAAUGAUCAUGCUUGUGGGAGGGUUUGCAAGCAGUCCGUUCCUCCGUUCUAGGCUCCAGGAAUACGCACGAACCGAGGGCUUGGCGCUGUUUUGCCCGGAGACACAGACGUCCAAGGCAGUCGCGGAAGGCGCGCUCUGGUUCCACCUCGAUAACUUUGUUUCAGCUCGGAUUGCGAAGCAUGCCUACGGAACCAAAGCCAGCGUAGCAUUCGACGCAUCACUACCUGACCAUACAAAGCGCAAAGCGAAUACGUUCUUAUCCGCCGACGGGAGACCUGCACUUGCGGGCGUAUUCUCAGAGAUCAUUCCUCUGGAAGAAGAGAGGGAAUUUUGUGUUCCCUUACUUCGAAAAUCACAUUUCCGGUUGAAAGGAAUUCAAUCAACAAUUCUAGCAUACAAAGGGUUAAAGGAGAUCCAUGAGUGGAUUGACGAGGAACCAGCUAUGUUCUCUACGCUCUGUACUGUACACGCGAAAGUCAGUCCAGAGUCGUUCGAACAGGCCGUUGGCAAACUCGGCGAAUACUUCAUGAAAGAUUAUCAUGUCGUCAUGCUCUUCGGUCUCACAGAGCUCAAAGCUCAGCUCAGCUGGAACGAGAAUGACUACUGCAGAAGUCCGGUGACACUGGUGUUCAACGAGGACGAGGUUGGCGCUGUUGAUGACGACUAG